AUGUCUGAAAGUGCAGAGCCGUUUGUCAUCUUGGAGGUCGGUGUCGCUGUGCUGGUGGUCGUAUUUCUGUUUUAUUUCCUCAUCACUCGUGGCAACCCACCUAAAGACAUCUUAUUCUUUGUUUUUGCUGAAUUUUCCUUUACUUGCAUCAUUGACUUGGUAAGCGCCCUGGAAUAUGAUGGCAUUAUCUCCGGCUUUAUGGAUUUCUACCAAAAGACGGGAGAGCCCUACCUUGGAACACCCUACGCCAUCAUGAUGUGUUACUGGGACGGGAUAGCCCACUUUAUCAUGUACCUGGUGAUGAUAAGCAGGAUAACAGACAGGAAAGCAUACCGCACCGUGGGCUUGUUCUGGGCUGGUUCGUUGACUGCCAACAUGAGUGUGUUCAUUUCUGGGAUAGUGGCAGGUAAAUAUGGGUCAGAGAUCCGUCCAGUCUUCUGGAUCAACUUUCUCUUCCUUUUGAUGCCAAUCUAUGGAGCCAUUACGAUAUUCACCCGGCCCAAGGACAGACCGCGAAUCGGCGGAUACAACGCCAUGCAAGUUCAGACCAUGAAGCUGAUCUGGCGUCCCAAGGAUAUGAUUCUUCUGGUGCUUCUCUUUGCUGCCAUGGGUUUCACCAUCCUCAGAGGCCUGGUUGCUUUAGACUCUCCACUGGAAGCCUGCUCUGUCUACCUGAGGAACUUUGAGCCCUACCUGAAGGAUCCUGUGGGUUACCCGAAAGUUAUGAUGCUGCACUUGUUUUUCUAUGGACUGCCUCUGUUAGGAGCAUUUGCUUAUGGUCUCCUCAAGCCUGGGUGCACAUGGAUGUUAGACUGGACUGUGUUCUUCGCUGGAGCCAUGAUCCAGUGCCAGUGGUCCCACAUUGGAGGGUCUCUCCACUCUCGUACCACAGCUCCAUUUCGUAUCCCUAAUGAUGCUUUCUGGUCCGUGCUUGUGAUCAACCUACUCUACGCAGCCACUCCCAUCCUUGUGGCCUUGCGAGUUCACAGUAAUCCCUAUUUCUUCCUCAAGAUUGCUCCUUUCCCAGGGCAGACAGGUCUGCCAAACAGUGAGGAGAAAGAUACCAAGUUCAAAGAGAAGUAGUCAUUCAUCCUCUUCUUUUGCUUUUAGAGUUAAACAGUUGAGUUAUGAAAAGCUGGUUUAUAUCAUUUCAAAAUGCCAAAAUACAAGACCCCUUUUUCAGAGGUGUUUGGAUUAAGCAGUUUUCAAAAAGUUUGUAUCUUACAUUUUCCAUCCUUGUGUCAUGGUCCGGCUCGAAAAGAGGCGAUAUUGACCAGUGAGCUGAUCUAUUGAUCCAACAUUUUGUUCCAGACUGAAUUAUCUACAUGACUAUUUUAUGGAUUGCAACACAAAUUGUUCAGAUAUUUAUGGUGCCAAGAGGAUGAAUCUUAGGAUUCUGCAGGCCCCACUGCAAGUUUGACAUGUUUGGCCUUAAGAGCAAUAUCAUGACAACUUUGAAUGAACUUUCAUCAAGUCAGUACAGACAUUUAUAGUGCCAAAAGCAGUUAAAUUUGAACUUAUUCUGUAAAAUAUCACAAUUACUAGCUGUGUGGACACAUUCAAACACUCCUGGUUCCCAGAUAAUGAAUUAUCAUGAGUUUGGUGACCAUGAGUAAAAAGUCAUAUAACUAUUGUAUGGAUUACUGGGAUAUUUGACUAAGACAGUUAAGGCUUCAGUAUGACAUGUAUGAACUUUAGUCACCCUGAGACUCUUCCUCUAGCACCAUCACCAGGUCAAAAUCAGUAUGUUUUUCAACUCUCUGGUCAAUGAACGAAUACCUGCCCAACACACAACUUUUGCAUCACUUCCCUGAGCUGUGCUGAUGUAAUGUUGUGAAAUAUUAGCAUCCUAACAUGCAAUGAAAUGUCUUUCUGGUAAACACACUUUUUCCUUCCUAAUAUAUCCAUAUAUAAGCAGCACCGACAGUAUAAAUCAACAUAAUUGCACAGAAAGCAGAACUGAUGAUACGAGUAAGCUCACAUAAAAGCAAGUAAAAGGCAUUUUGUUUUCAGCAUUAGUGCUCUUUGUUCUGUUUGAAUAUCAUAUCACAGACACUGUGUUCAAAUCAGAGGCUUCUCAUU